CAAAAAACACAGAAACAUAUAUACAUACACACACUCCCUGUAUCUAUAUCCAUCAAUCAAAAACCAAAUAAAAAAAAAACCACAAUUAAAGAGGUCGGAUCUCCCGCCCUAAACAACCAAACCCAACCGUGGCUCCACCGUCAUCAUCAACCCACCACCAACAACCACCAACCACUAGAAGACGAACUACAUCAUCAACACCACCAUCUUCAAAUUCAUCACAGUCACGUGACCCCUCACGUGCACCUCCAUCAACACCCACUACAAGAAUUAUAUACCGACAAAACAUCAAUUCAUCAUUUGGUUUGUUAGACCAACAAGAAGAGGAGUUACCAUUUUGGCAACAAACUUGGUUUAUAUUUUUGUUGUUAGUUAUGGCUUUUUCGUUUUUUGGACUUGCUUUGUUUUUGUUUUUGAGCCUUGAUUCCGAUUUUUCGACGUCUCCGCCUCCGGUUUAUGCUGCUCCUUCUAAAGAAGGUGUUGAGAUUACCUAUGGGUCGUUACUUAAGCUUAUGCAUGAAAAGACAAGAUUCCGACUGCACUCACACGAUGUUCCAUAUGGGUCAGGCAGUGGGCAGCAAUCCGUUACAGGAUUUCCUAAUGUAGAUGAUGCCAAUAGCUACUGGAUUGUGAGGCCUAUGCCAGAGACAUCAGCAAAACAAGGAGACAGUAUAAAAAGUGGAAGUAUUAUCCGAUUGCAACACAUGAGAACCAGGAGAUGGCUUCAUAGCCACUUGCAUGCUUCACCAAUAUCAGGCAAUUUAGAGGUCAGUUGCUUUGGAGAUGAUGGUAAUUCAGAUACUGGUGAUUAUUGGAGACUUGAAAUUGAGGGAAAAGGAAAAACUUGGAGACAAGAUCAGAGAAUAAGGCUUCGCCAUGUUGACACAAGUGGAUAUCUACACAGCCAUGAUAAGAAAUACAGCCGCAUUGCUGGUGGUCAGCAAGAGGUUUGUGGUGUCACUGAGAAACGUGCAGACAAUGUUUGGUUGGCAGUCGAGGGCGUCUAUUUACCAGUCUCGGAAACCAAAUAAAUGGAUUGUGAUUAAAUGUAGUCCUUAGCUUCUAGAGUUCUAGAUGUUGCUCUGUAUUUGGUUUACGUUGACAUAUGCCACAGCCCAUGUGUAGGUUAUGUAAUUGUAAGUGAAAGGAAACACUUAGAACAAGCUAUGUAUUAUUAGGCCAUACAUAUAUACAAACUGUACCAACUGUUCAGGCCUUUGAGAGUUUGAGAUAGAUAUUGUUGCUCGAAUAACAAGUAUUGUUUCUAUCUUGAUCAA